UCAGUCUUCAGUGCAUGAACAGAUGUCACCGCAGCACGCAGAAUGGUCAAAUCGCCCCGUUCCACCGUCACAGUAUCACGGCGCUCCAAAUGCAAUACCUCAUCAGUUGGACCGGCAGUCACGGUGUCUUCAGCAGGAAAUAGUGCCUCCGCAUGCUCCAGCUGAGCAGCCGAUGGUAGAUAGACAGCCAACAGCGCUACACACCCAGCAGAUUGCAGCACGACAGGUCGUUGGGAAACAACUUCCUAAGUUCGACGGGAACCCGAUUGACUGGCCUAUGUUUAUCAGCAGUUAUGAACAGUCUACUGCUGCAUGUGGGUACACAAAUGCUGAAAAUCUCAUCCGCCUUCAGCAGUGCUUAGCAGGUCAUGCGAAAGAAUCCGUGUGCAGCAAACUUCUCCUACCCGAAAGUGUGCCUCACGCUAUAGAAACGCUCCGAAUACGAUACGGCCGUCCGGAACUGCUACUGAAGUCUCUUCUAGAAAAGGUUCGACGCACACCAGGACCAAGGCAGGACAGGCUAGAGACGGUGAUCGAAUUCGGAUUAGUAAUCGGUAACUUUGUUGAUCAUCUCCGAGCGGCGCAGCUACAACAGCACCUAUCCAACCCGAUGUUGAUGCAAGAACUAGUCGAUAAGUUGCCAGGCCCGAUGAAAAUGGAGUGGGCUUCCUUCAAGAGCCAGUACCCUUUGGCAGACCUUGCGACAUUUGGGCUGUUUAUGGAAAAACAAGUAGCAGCGGCAAGUGAAGUCAGUUUCGAGCUGCCGGCGCAAGAUAGGAGUUUCAAGAACGAGAAGCAUAGAGGAAAGGAAAGCGUCGGCGUUCAUGCCCAUUCGCAGGACGAUAGUUUCCGUAACAAAUCGGCUUUAUCUGGAAUUCCUCGAAAACCAUCAUCAAAAGUAUGUGGAGUCUGUACUCGCGAAGGCCACAGGACAGCGGACUGCGCACAAUUCAAGGAAAUGGACAGCGAUGAACGUUGGAAGAUUAUCCAGAAGAAAGGGCUGUGCAGAACGUGCCUGAAUAGCCAUGGCAAAUGGCCGUGUAAGUCAUGGCAAGGUUGUGCGGUGGAGGGGUGUCGUUUAAAGCACCAUACUCUACUGCACGCUUCAACGUCGUCGUCCACAAGCUAUUCGUCGAGCCACAUGUCUUCAACCAAACCGCAGUCGUUGUUCCGGAUACUGCCUGUCGUCCUCUAUAAUGAAGGUAAAAGCGUCUCUGUAUUCGCCUUCAUUGAUGAAGGGUCGGAGAUAACGUUGCUGGAAGAUAGCAUCGCUAAGCAACUCGGGGUGAAAGGUCAUGUGAAGCCCCUCACCCUUCAGUGGACGGGAAAUGUUAAACGGAGCGAAUCCCAGUCUCAAGAAGUCAACUUUGCGAUAUCCGGGAAAGGUAACUCGACAAGAUUCGAUCUUCGUCAUGCCAGGACAGUUAGUUGUCUAGUACUACCUAGUCAACGUCUUAACUACAACGAGUUAGCACAGCGUUACCCACACCUCAGAGGCCUACCCAUGGAAAGCUACGGCACUGUACAACCUAAGCUUUUGAUAGGAUUGGACAACCUCCGGCUCGGCGUGCCGUUGAGAUUGCGCGAAGGAGGACCAAGCGACCCCAUUGCCGCAAAAUGUCGCCUUGGAUGGACCGUGUAUGGUUCAAACAACUCCACUUCUAGCAGAGCAUCUCUUAACUUCCACGUCGCAGCAGCUGCCGACCCCGACCGAUUGUUGAAUCAACAACUUCGAGACUUCUUCACCAUCGAAGACAGCGUAUUGUUAAAUCGGAACGAAAUCCUAGAAUCAGAUGAGGACAGGCGUGCGAGAAAGAUACUUGAAGCGACGACACGACGAGUUGGAAACAGCUUCGAAACAGGACUUCUGUGGCGAACGGAUAACCCAGCAUUUCCCAGUAGUUACCAGAUGGCUAUGAACCGUCUUAUUGGUCUUGAACGGAAAUUCGUUAAGGAGCCAUCACUAGGAGAUCGCGUACGUGAGCAGAUUCAUGACUAUGAACGCAAGGGCUACGCACAUAAGGCAACACAAGCGGAGCUGAAGUCUGCUGACAAAAGCCGAAUGUGGUUCCUACCGUUAGGAGUGGUCCAGCAUCCAAGGAAGAACAAGGUCCGGCUCAUCUGGGACGCGAAGGCAACAGUGGAAGGAGUCUCUUUCAAUUCGAAACUAUUGAAAGGUCCUGAUCUACUAACGCCCCUGCUUGCAGUACUAAGCUCGUUCCGACAAUUUCCUGUAGCUGUGUGUGGAGACAUCAGAGAGAUGUUCCACCAGAUACAAAUCAGGGAACAGGACCGUCUUUCCCAAUGUUUCCUUUGGCGGGAUAGCCCAACCGACGACGUCCAGAUCUACAUCAUGGACGUUGCGACUUUCGGAUCAACUUGCUCGCCGGUGUCUGCUCAAUUUAUCAAAAACCUAAACGCAGAGCAGUUUUCCGAACAGUACCCGCGUGCGACUGUUGCCAUAGUUAAAAAACAUUAUGUGGACGACUAUUUGGACAGUUUCAAAACGAUUCAAGAAGCGAUUGAAGUAGUGAAGGAGGUGAAAUUUGUCCACUCAAAAGGAGGGUUUGACAUUCGCAAUUUUCUGUCGAACUCCGCGGAAGUAUUGCAAGGAAUCGGCGUUGUUUCAAUGGAUACACCGAAGGAAUUAGCCUUGGAGAGAGGCGAAAGCAUAGAAUCGGUACUAGGGAUGAUGUGGAUGCCAAAUGAAGACUGCUUUAGAUACACGGUAACCCUCAGAGAAGACCUGCGCUUUGUUCUUGACGAGAGUCAUGUCCCUACCAAACGUGAAAUACUGAAGGUCGUCAUGAGUCUUUUCGACCCAUUAGGGCUCAUCGCCUUCUUCUUAAUCCACGGAAAAAUCAUUAUCCAGGGAAUCUGGGCUGCGGGUACCGGCUGGGACGAAGCAGUUGAUGAGAACUUUUCUCGUCAGUGGCGACAGUGGAUUGAGUGUUUCGACCUACUGAACACACUCAGGAUACCUCGUUGUUACUUUUCGGUGCCAAUAACUUGCAGCAGUCGAAUAGAAGCUCACGUUUUUGUCGAUGCCAGCGAAGCAGCCUACUGUUGCGUCGUAUACUUCCGGCAUGUUAGCAAAAGUGACGUUCAAGUAGCCCUUGUCGGAGCUAAGAGUAAGGUCGCACCCUUGAAAACCCUCUCAAUACCGCGGCUCGAGUUAAAAGCAGCUGUUCUCGGAGUCCAAUAUCUGCAAACCGUGCUAAACAACCAUUCCUAUAAGAUAUCGCAACACUAUUUGUGGACUGAUUCAACGACUGUCUUAGCGUGGAUAUUGUCAGAUCACCGUCGCUUCCAAAAGUUUGUUGCAAUUCGAGUAGGCGAAAUUCUGACGUUGAGCGAUCCUCAAGAUUGGAGGUGGAUCCCUACGAAGAUCAAUGUUGCAGAUAAAGCCACCAAAUGGGGCAAUGGUCCGGAAUUCCAAGUAAGCAGUCCAUGGUUCCGCGGUCCAGCAUUUUUGUAUCAGGGAGAAGAACACUGGCCUAAACAACGACAUCCUGUCUCCACCAAAGAAGAGCUGCGUCCUGUUCACUCUCACUGGACGUCAACACCAGUGAUCGAUGUCAGCCGGUUCGGCCGAUGGGAAAGAAUGCAUCGAGCAAUCGCCUAUGUUCUACGGUAUCUUGACAACUUACGUAGGAAACGAGCUGGCAUCCCUUUGGAGUUAGGUAUCCUUAAACAGGAUGAAUUGAAACGUUCAGAAGAAACAUUAUGGAUAGUUGCCCAAGCAGAACUUUUUGCAUCAGAAAUUGCUGUUCUAUCUGCAACUCAGGGAUCACCGGAAGCGCGGCACGGCUGUGUUUCAAAAUCAAGUCCUAUCUACAAACUUUGGCCAUUUCUCGACGAUCGCGGAGUUCUUCGGAUGCGUAGCCGCAUUGGAGCAGCAGUAUUCGCAUCGGAUGAAGCUAAAUAUCCGGCAAUUCUACCCCGAUCGCAUCCGAUCACCAAACAAUUAGUCGACUGGUAUCAUCGUCGUUUCAGACAUGCUAACAGGGAAACAGUUACUAAUGAAAUACGACAACGUUUUGAGAUUGCCAAAUUGCGCAGUCUCGUAGAGAAGGUGUCCAAGGAAUGCAUUGUAUGUCGUGUGAGAAAGGCCAACCCUAAGCCUCCUGCAAUGGCUCCUCUUCCGUCGGCCCGUCUGCAACCCUUCGUACGACCCUUCACUUACGUUGGUCUGGAUUACUUCGGGCCACUACUGGUCAGAGUGGGGAGAAAUCAGGUUAAACGUUGGGUAGCGAUAUUCACAUGCCUCACAAUUCGUGCAGUGCACAUCGAGCUGGUGCACAGCCUUUCAACUGAAUCAUGCAUUAUGGCCGUUCGUCGAUUUGUCGCACGGCGUGGUCCUCCUGCUGAAGUCUAUAGUGACAACGGGACGUGCUUCCAAGGCGCCAGCGGAAACCUCACGAAAACAGCUGAAACACUAGCGUCAACAUUCACGAGUGCUCAGACGAAAUGGAUAUUCAUCCCGCCAGCAGCGCCCCAUAUGGGAGGCGCAUGGGAGCGUCUAGUACGUUCGGUUAAAGUCGCCAUCAGUGCAUUAGCGGACGCUCCUCGAAAACCGGACGACGAGACUCUCGAAACGAUACUUGUUGAGGCAGAAUUCAUCAUCAAUUCCCGACCGCUCACCUACAUCCCUCUGAAGUCGGCGGAUCAGGAAUCGCUUACGCCCAACCAUUUUCUGCUGGGUAACUCCAGCGGCCUUAAGAUAUUGCCAUCGGAACCAGUCGUACCAAGAACAGCCUUAAGAAACAGUUGGAAAUUAGCACAACACAUUUGCGACGAAUUCUGGCGAAGAUGGGUGAAAGAAUAUUUGCCAGUCAUCGCCCGCCGGACAAAGUGGUUCGAGGAAACUCAAGAUCUCAAGGUGGGGGAUUUGGUCCUGGUGGUUGGAGGAGCCGCACGCAAUCAGUGGAUCCGUGGUCGAGUAGAACGUACCUUCCCAGGACGAGACGGUAGGGUACGCCAAGCAUUAGUACGGACCGCUUCUGGACUUCUUCGGCGACCAGUGGUAAAACUCGCAGUUCUCGACGUGUUGGACGAUGGUAAACCCAAUCCAGAAGUUCCAGACGGUCAGGAGCAUCACCAGGGUUUACGGGAGGGGGAAUGUCACGACGAGACCCCUCGUUGCGGUUCAACUGUGGCCGGUCAACAAAGCAGCCGAACGAUCAUAAGCGUAGACGUAAGGGAGAACAAUAAAACUGUAUCGCAGGUUCCCUAUGAAUGACUGUCUAAUGUCAACAAUGAUACAGCGAUUUCCACGCAACAGAUAAAGUGCAUUACAGCUAGUUUCUAUCCUAAAUUAUUAAAAACUAAGUGAAUUGUACUUUCGAGCUUAUUUCUACUAUUUCUAAGUUAGUCUAAGCAUUUUUCUGGAUCUCAUGCAAUAGUUACUUAACGCUAAAUUUGUGAAUUCAUCCUAGUUAGUACUACAUGCAGAUCAAACUCACUUUAUCUACCGACACAAGAUACUCCCAGCACUGAAUUCGAUAGGCUAGGCUACGAAUCUCCGAGCCAGUAAGUAAUCAUUUAAUGCUAAGAAGCUAUACGAACGGGCAAUUAAACCAACCUUAAUUUAACCCAGCAUAAUCGCUAUACGCUAUCGACCGUAUCGUAACCGGACUUUGGAACUCGAGGGUUCACCAAAAAUUGUAUGUAUGCCUUUGACGAGAACAUUUGGUGGAAAUAAUUAAAUUAAACGUUUAUUUUAGCUGAAAGCUUACCACAACAACAACCACGGGUUUGCUAAACAGAUUUUGAGAAUCUCCUCACAGUCCACA